AUGGUGCAGCAGGAACCCGUGCUGUUCAAUGGUACCAUUAAGGCAAACAUCCUCUACGGUCUGGACCCAAAUGAAGUGGCUUUUCAAAAAAUUCAAGCAGCCAUCCGGGAUGCAAAUUUGGAGGGAUUCGUUGAAAAAUUGCCGAGGGGCCUCGAGACAAAUGUUGGAGGCCGUGGAACACAAUUAUCAGGAGGCCAAAAGCAACGCAUCGCCAUUGCCAGGGCACUCGUCAGGGACCCAAAGAUAAUCCUACUCGAUGAAGCGACCUCUGCGCUCGAUUUGGAGUCGGAAAAGGCAGUCCAAAAAGGUCUGGAGGCAGCUUGCCACGGGCGUACGGUACUCGUCAUCGCCCACAGGCUGGAGACGAUCCGAAAAGCCGACAAGGUUGCGGUCAUUUCGGAGGGACGGGUCGCGGAAACCGGGACCCACCAAGAGCUGCUCACGAAAAACGGGAUCUACGCCGGGCUGUAUAAAAAGCAGUGUCUC